AUGACAACACCACGACUGCCAAGCCUUACUAUCCCGCCCGACCUUGUCUCUCCGCCGUACCUCGCCGCAUCACCGCACCUUUCCAGAUCACGCUCUGCUCAUGGCCUCAACGCCGCAACUGGCCGUCCUGCCAUGUGGACAUCGUACCACCAGCGCACAUUGGCCUGCCUCUAUCUCUACACCGAUCUCUCCCUCAAAAAAAUCAUCGACGUCGUCUUCCGCAGGUCUCCCAGCAACCGCCCGAUCGGAACCGAUUCCGCCAACAAGAACCUGAACCACCUGCUCGACAAGGAGCCUCGAUGGCUGCACCCCAAGUCUCGUGAGGACAUGGGCAGCCGCCUCGAGCAGCUUGCCCUGUCGUCUUCUCAAAUAUCAUCUCAAUCUAGCAGCAGCUCAUACGACCAUCACUUAUCUGAUUUGCAUCAAAUAAGCUACCUCCCUGUUCGCUUCCAGUCCGAAGGCAGUGUCAGCCCUUCUCUGUUGGCCGUCCCCCAUCACAUCAUGGGAUCUUAUAGUGCUCCAGCGUCGCCGAUGUCUCUAUAUCCAGGUUCUCCCGAGUGGUCACCGUCCCAGCCAUCUCGCACACCUCAACCGUUUCCGCCUCCUCCACACCCAAAAGAGUCACAAGACAGAGCGUUGUUUGACUCCUUCCUUCGCAGGGCCACAGUCACAUCUUCAUCAACAUCGACAUCAACUUCCUCCUUGAAAACGGUCUUGGCUGAUUAUAGCGCUGCAUAUCGUGGCGUCAUCAAGGUUAUGGAUUGGCUAGACGAUGAAGCGGCUCCAACUCCAUAUGAAGUCACGCCUUUUCCUCUACCGGGCGACUUUCUCAGCGUUGAUGAGCCCAUGCGACGCUCACCACUUGGUGGCUACCAAAUGCUCCGCCUUGUAUCUGCUGCUGAAGAAUUGGCACGAGCGCCUGCCGAACAUUUUCCUUGGGUGACCAACACAGGCCUCACGGACAAAGGCAAACGCAUCCUCAACGGCCACAUUCUCGAAUCAGACUGGUUGGAUGCGGAUGUCUUUGAUAACACUUUGUUGCAUUUUGUUGCUGUCCGCGGCGGUGUAGAAAGGCUAUACAGGACCAUCAUUCUCCCGCAAGCUCGCGGCAUCCUGCAAAAGGUCAACACAGCCGGUCAGACAUUCUUUCAUGUCAUGGAUAAAGGCAUCAUGCAGAACAAAAUAUUUGUGCCUUGGUUGGUUGGCUUUCUAAGACAAGAGAGUCAGCUCGUCAACAUUUACGCCCAAGACCACUAUGGCCGCAACUUCUUCCACAUGUUGAAGGCCAAUCAUGUCGAUCCGAUCAUUUUGAAUCAAAUUCUCGAGCCAAAUCAUGAGUCAAAAUGGAACACCCGCGAUGCUUUUGGGGCGCAACCGCGUCUCUCCACGCCGCUGAUGACAUACAAUCCGCGGACCAACUCUGGUAUGCUACUCGAUAGUGACUCCGACCUUGGCGAGAAUGGCGCCGUUACCGCCCAACUGCACCUCGUGACAUUCAUUGGCACCAUCGGAAGCCACAAUGCCACCGAAGAAUACUCACAAGGGUGCAACCGCCUCCACUGUCUUGCCGCUGCAAACCUGAGUUUGACCUCUGGAUCCAACACUUUGAAGAGAUCCGGAAGCGCCCCCGGCCCGGCAGCAGCUAGCAGAGCGACUACGGCGCACGGCAGACGUCGCUCCGGCGGCGGCAACAAACAGGAGACCGAUUCAUCGGACAGGUGUAUGAACUUGCGUCUCGAUUCGCUCAAGGAACUGCUCGGCUCGGGUGUCCCCACCAACGCAUAUGACGCCAAAGGCAACACUCCGCUCAUGGCGUUUGCCGCCCAGCUGCCCGAGGACGGCAACAACAAGCUUGGACCGGAGAUGAUCAAACUUCUCAUCGAGCACGGCGGCGAUGUGCACGCCCGCAACCGUGCCGGCGAAACUGCACUGCUCAUUGCCGUGCGCUGCGGACGCAAGCUCGCUGCCAGAACAUUGGUUGACAACGGAGCUAACGUCUACGCACGGGAUGCCAUGGGAAACGGAGUACUGGAGAUUUCAGACGCCAAGAUGAUGACGGCGAGGAGAGACUGUCCGCGAGAGUAUGCGCGCUUUGAGGCGUGCCGGGCGUGGCUGAGCGGGCAAAAGAUUGGCGCCAUGCACAAUCCAACUGUCCUGAAGGAAUGGGGUCGCCCUGGCAAUGCUCCGUUCAGAUGA